AUGCGGCAGGCGGAGCAGGCGGACGUGCGAAUUGCUGCCGGGGAUGUGCAGCCGCUCACGGGCGUCCCGAUGGUGCUUAAGGACAAUAUGAUUACGCGCGGGGUUCGAACUACCUGCUCGUCGCGCAUGCUUGAGAACUUUGUGCCGCCUUAUGACGCAACCGUAACCAACAGGCUGUAUGAGCAAGGGGCGGUGCUUGUGGGCAAGGGGAAUCUCGACGAGUUCGCGAUGGGAUCGUCGAACGAGAACUCCGCAUUUCACCCCACGCACAACCCGUGGGCACUGGACCGCGUGCCGGGCGGGAGCAGCGGAGGACCUGCCGCUGCAGUGGCGGCGGACGAGUGCAUGUUCGCGCUGGGGUCGGAUACGGGCGGGAGCAUACGGCAGCCGGCAUCGCUGUGCGGCAUCGUGGGCAUGAAGCCGACUUAUGGGCUAGUGAGCCGCUUCGGGCUUGUGGCGUUCGCAAGCUCGCUCGACCAGAUUGGGCCGCUGACAAAUGCCAUCGCGGGGAACGAUCCCAACGACUCAACAUCGCUCAGUGUUGAUAUGCCGACUAUACGCAGGCGCUCGGAAGACCUGAAGGGUCUUCGCAUUGGGGUGCCGGUGGAGUACUUCGGCGAGGGGCUGGAAGCGGGCGUGGAAGGCGCGGUACGCGAGGCCAUCGAUGUGAUGCGGUCGCUUGGGGCCGAGGUGGAGGAGACGUCGCUGCCGAGCACGCGGCACGCACUGGCGGUGUACUACAUCAUCGCGCCAUCGGAGGCGUCGGCGAACCUGGCGCGGUACGACGGCGUGAAGUACGGCUUCUCCGUGCAGGAUGCGGACGGCGUGUGGGACGCGCUGGAGAAGACGCGGCAAUUUGGCUUUCGGGCCAGAGGUGAAGCGGCGCAUAAUGCUGGGGACUUACGCACUGUCGGCGGGGUACUACGACGCGUACUACGUGCAGGCGCAGCGCGUGAGGACGCUGAUCCGGCGCGAGUUCGAGCAGGUGUUCACGCGGUUUGA